AUGGAGAAGUCACUGCAUUCAACUUCCGCGCACGACAAGAACGCUACAGCCCAAAUUACUGCUCCGAACUCGUCAAUUCAGCAGAUGCAGCAUCCGAAUCAACUCGAUGCAUCAGUGCCUUCUGGCGCAACGAAUCAACAGAGUACACAGGCUAUAAUACAGAGAGCAAAGGAUGUCAUGGUGCGUGCAAAGACUUUUAGUGAAGGGCAUCGACCCAUUCCUGCAAGAUUUCAGUACACUGCUGCACAUCGAGCAGAGGCACGGGUGCUAAUGAAUAAGCUAGAAACGAUACAUCACAGAGUCAAGACCGUCAGUGAGCAGACUGAGGAUAUCCAAAGUUCCUUAGACAAAGACACGGUUGCGGCAAUGGCAAAGGCACAUCGAGAACACGAGGAGGUCGUAAAACUGUUGGACCAGGCUAGAAGUGUGUCUAUAAUGCCCCAGAGACGUGGUCUCGAGCAUCUGGAGCUGGACAAUAGCGAGAGUCAGCGGCGAACCGCUUCCGUGAAGAAUCCAUUCCGAAACCAGCGACUUGCACCUUCCAGAUUACUGCCACCUGGCCCUACAAACAGCAUCCCAGGUGUUGGAAUGCGACAGGUACCAGUCAGCAGCCUUGACACUCAGCCUCAAGAUGCAGCCAUAACCCCCGCGAACUCUGCACCCAUGGCACAAGCUACUGACACAGAGACGGGUAAUACAUCAGGUUUUAUGAUGCAGAAACCCGUAGCCUGCAAGAUCAACUCAAGCCGACGUAACCGCAUGCUAGAACAACAGCACAAACAAACAGGAUGUUGCAAACCCAUGUAG